GGCGGCGUGUUCCUCUUUCCCAGGGUUUCCACCUUCUUGGCAGGUGGGCGCGGAAGUGUCGGCCUCUCACCUCGGCUCGCGUCGUGCUUCUGACACUCGCCCCCGGCCUCCACACCCCCAACCCCUGGCCCCCGGAGCCCUGCGGGGGGUCGCACUCCGCUUCCGGCAACAGACCCUCAUGGCCGAGCGCGGGGAACUCGACCUGACCGGCGCCAAGCAGAACACCGGCGUGUGGCUGGUCAAGGUUCCUAAAUAUUUGUCACAGCAGUGGGCUAAAGCCCCUGGAAGAGGUGAAGUUGGAAAACUGCGGAUUGCCAAGAAUCAAGGAAGGACUGAGGUGUCAUUUACUUUGAAUGAAGAUCUUGCAAAUAUUCAUGAUAUUGGUGGAAAACCAGCUUCAGUAAGUGCUCCUAGAGAACAUCCAUUUGUCUUGCAAAGUGUUGGAGGACAGACUUUAACAGUAUUUACUGAGAGCUCAUCAGAUAAGCUUUCAUUGGAAGGAAUAGUGGUACAAAGAGCUGAAUGCCGACCUGCUGCAAGUGAAAACUACAUGAGAUUAAAGAGAUUGCAAAUAGAAGAAUCUUCUAAACCUGUACGGCUAUCACAACAACUGGACAAAGUUGUGACAACCAAUUACAAACCUGUUGCCAAUCAUCAAUACAAUAUUGAAUAUGAAAGGAAAAAGAAAGAAGAUGGAAAACGAGCUCGAGCUGAUAAACAAUAUGUUUUAGACAUGCUAUUUUCGGCUUUUGAGAAACAUCAGUAUUAUAAUCUUAAGGACUUAGUGGACAUCACAAAACAGCCUGUGGUGUACCUGAAGGAAAUCUUAAAAGAAAUUGGUAUUCAGAAUGUGAAAGGGAUCCACAAAAACACAUGGGAGCUGAAGCCAGAGUAUAGGCAUUAUCAAGGAGAAGAAAAGAGUGAUUAAGAAGACUCCAAGCCAGCAUACUAACAGAACAACUAAGGCUGGUGUGUUAAGCAUACAACAUUGAUACUUGAACUUGAGCACCAUGUGUUAUAAGGGCAAAAUGACUGAUAUUUUAAUUUCUCUAGGUAAAUUUUUUAAACAAUAAUUCUUGAAAAAUUACUUAAGUAGGGUUUUUGUUUGUUUGUUUUUGAGGAGAAAUAACAAACUUAUUUAUAGACUUAACUUGUAUUAAACUAGAUUAUUCAUGAUGGCUUUAGGAGUUUGGGGUUAAGAGAUUCUGUAAUUAAAGCAAAUCAAGGAAAUAACUAUCCAUUGAAUAAAUAUUUUUCUGUAUUGUUAGUUUUCUUAACAGAACACCAGAAUGCUGAUGUUGAAUACCACUGUAUUGGGAAAAUUUUUAUCCUUGCAUCCCCAUUGUAAAGUAAAAUUCUGAUUAA